CAAAAUGUGAUUUAGUGGUAAAAGCAGAAGAUGUCAUCACUGUAUCUAAAGCAGAAUGUGAACCUGAGAAAGCUCCAGAUUCAAGGCAUUCAGUGUUUGCUAUGUCAUCUUUUUGGAAUGAGAUGGAGAAGCUUACAAUCAAUGAUAUUCUGGGUUUAAGAAUGAUCAGCAAAGCUGCCCCACCCAGCCUUCUCUCACCUUUACAGGAAAUUGAGGAAACUGGCAUGUUGGCUAUGACAGAUUCAGGUGUUUUUUCUCAGCUGGAUGAGUCCAAGCCUGAACCGAACGAAGACAUAUCCAGUGAUCCUAACUCUGUAGAAUCAAGUUCUAUCAUGGCAGCCGAGUUUUCGUCUUCAGCGGAUGUUAUGUGGGAGAGUCUAGGUGCUGAUAUUUACCCUGAGAGUAUGAUGUUGACAUCUGUUAGUGACAUUUCUCAACCGGUCCUCCCUGGAGGUCCUGAAACGUGCCUCAGAAAGAUUUCUAAAAACAUAAGUGUGCACAAUCUACAUGCCCUGGCAUCUGAUUCUUUCAGCUACACAAGGAAAGACCAAACUCUACAAACCUUAGACGAAGGAGAAUUUUCAAAAGGAGAGUAUUUCGCUGAAGGACACAUGCCAAAGCAAGACACAGACGUGGACUCUUCAGCUUCAUUUUCAGACAGCUACAGAAUCUCUCUCACAGAUAUAUUUCAGUAUCUCUUCAGUGGAAAGCAAUCCGUCUCCAGCCAAUCAGCCACGGAUAACAUAACCACGUACUACACUGAUGGAAAUUCUGUCCCUGAAACUUAUGAUCAUUUCUUCUCAGAGUUUGAUACAGAAAGCUUCUUCUAUCCUCUCAUCACGUCAGAAGAUCAGUCCAAAGACGAGCUGGUUCCUAUCUUCUCCUACUCUCGCUCAGCUAAUAGAAAUCUGCAGUUCCCUGAGGCUUAUGAUCACUUCUUUGCAUCCUCGUCUUCUGAUGAUUCUUCUGUGGAGUCUGAUGAAGAAGAUACCUGCAGUCCUGUGAGGGUGUUGACCAGAUUCAGCCAUACACCAAGCACAUCUGAGAGUUCUACAGACAUAUAUGAUAAUUUCUUCACAGACAGCGACCUUAAACAGAAUUUCUUUUGGAAACCCACAUUCUCCUUCAGGAAGAUUAGUUUUACUGGAUCUACAGUCCAGAAGAAGACUCUCUCAAAACCUCUAUCUCGAGUGCAAAGUGUCCAAUCCUUUCGAAGGACAGUUCAUUCUAUAAAUGCUCUGGGAAAUCAAGAUGGGAAGUUUCCUGAUCCACUUCUCUACCACCUGGAGGACAGGAUGUACACACAACUAGCACAACAGCCUUUCAGAUAUGAGGACUUGCAGACGGCUGUUUCGAAUCCAAGGUUGGAUGCCUCUCUUCUGCCUCUCAGACAGUCAGACAUGUGUCUCGUUUGUAUUGCAUUUGCUUCAUGGGUGCUGAAGACUGCAAAUCCGCAAGUUGGAGAUGCCUGGAAGGCUGUUCUGCUGGCGAAUGUAAGUGCCCUGUCAGCAAUCAGAUAUCUGCGUAAAUACGUCAAGACGAUGGCGACCAGUGAGAAGAAAUCGGAUUACACUGCCCUAUCUGAUUCUUGAUGUCUCUGCCUCUGAAUACGUCAAGCUUAAAAUUUAACAUUUUUCCAUAAAACCCGAUGUGAACCAGUGCUAGACCUCAGUAGGAAUUUGUUGAGGAAUUUGUCAAAUGUUUGAUGUGCUGUUAGAUGUCCUUACUAUAUAUUUGCACUUUAAUGGCUUGAAGUUUUAUUGAAGUAUUCUCUCCAUUGAAUGGAAACAUGUUGGUUUGUUUAUUAGUAGAUUAAUUUUGCAAAAAAUUUGAAUUCUGAAAGGUUUCAUAUGAAAUGACCAAAGGCAAGACUAAAGCAGUAUAUUUAAAAGAAAGAAGGCUGUGGAUAUUUGUAAUUAAGGUUUCAGUAUGUGUGUGUUGAAGAGAGAUGAGAGGCAGGCUUAUUCAGAACUGUACAGAGUUGAGAUGUUAGAUGGACAUGAGAUAAAUGGAUUAACCUGAGCCACCUGAGGAUUUUAAGAUGUUUUGUUUCCAUUCCAUUCAUUUUGCAGAUGAUUUUAUCCAAAGUGACUGUUAUGUAAUAUUUCCAAUGGCGAUAAUUGAAAGGAUUUUACAAAAUAAGAUUAUAUGAGGCAACCUCUAUUGUAAUAUUUUCCAAAAUGGCAAUUUAGCAAAACACCCUUACAGAAGUUGAAUUUAUAUAGUGGACUGUGUUAUGUGCCAGUUAUUUUACAAUUGAUGAAGGGCAUUUCAUUUUCAUCAUAGAUGAUUUAUAGAUGACUGUACAGUAUUUUGUGAUAUGAGUUGCUCUGUGAGUUGUUGAUGUCUUUCAGUUUAACUACAGUAAACAACAUCUCUGAGAUGUGUGCUGUGUCUCCUGUUUUU